UCAAUACACACACACACAGUGGGAUCACCGUUUUGUGUGUUACUGUAGAAAUAUCAAUAAGGAGGUCCAGAGAGAUGGAUGAUCAGGUGCUGCAGCAACUACCGAGGAUUGCGUUCGCCGUCGCCCUGGUCGGGAUCCUGAGCAUGAUCACACGAUUAUAUGAGGUCAUGAUAUGGAGGCCCAAGAGGCUGAGAGGAAAGCUCCUGAAACAAGGUAUCAGUGGUCCUCCUCCCUCAAUUAUCCUCGGCAACCUCCCCGAGAUGAAACGCUUCUCCAGCGAGCCCCAGCGUGGAGAAGAUCAAGUGGCAGAUGGAGAAGCCAAGAUCGGAAAUAGAGAUCAGGAUAGUCGAGUAAUCACUCACAACUGUUCUUCCAAGGUCUACCCAUUCCUCGAGCGCUGGAGGAAGGAAUACGGACCGGUGUUUAUGUUCUCGUUUGGGAACAUACAGAUGCUCCACGUGUACGACCUGGACACCCUGAAGGAGAUGACCAUGUGCACAUCCUUGGAUUUGGGGAGGCCCUCGAAUCUGUUCCGGAAGUUGGGUCCACUGCUAGGCCGCGGCGUAUUGACUUCAAACGGGACCCAAUGGGCCCACCAACGAAAAAUCAUUGCCCCUGAACUCUACGCUGAUAAAGUAAAGGGUAUGAUAAGCUUAAUGGUUCAAUCGUCUAUGACUUUGGUGAAAUCAUGGGUAGAUAUGAUGGAUAGAUCAGAAGGCGGAGCGGCCGACAUUAAAAUUGAUGCCUUCAUGAGGAGCUUCUCUGGGGAUGUGAUCUCGAGGGCCUGUUUUGGGAGUAGUUUUUGCGAAGGAGAGCAGAUAUUCGUCAAGCUUCGAGGUCUCCAGGAGGCCCUAUCUGAAAAAAUGCUUGGCAAUGAUAAUAUCCAUGGAUUCAGGCAACUUCCAACGAAGAGCAACCGAGCGAUAUGGAGGCUGGAGAAAGAAGUUUGGUCAUUGAUUUUGAAAGUAGUGAAGGAAAGGGAAGGAGCGAAAUCGGAGAAGGACCUCCUGCAAAUGAUCCUUGAUGGGGCCAAAGACGGUCACUUGAGUAGCAAUGAGAUGGACCGUUUCAUAGUCGACAACUGCAAGAACAUAUACCAAGCUGGGUACGAAACAACAGCCGUCGUCGCCUCAUGGACGCUCAUGCUGUUGGCCUCAAACUCGGAUUGGCAGGCCAAAGUCCGCGAGGAGAUCUACCAAGUCUGUGCAGGCCAACCUCCUAACUCCGCCACGAUUCGGAACAUGAAAACGAUGACGAUGGUGAUCCAUAAGUCACUACGGCUAUACCCACCAGUGGCAAUCUUCUCGCGGGAGGCACAACAGGAUAUUAAGUUCGGAGAUGUGCUUGUGCCGAAAGGCGUCACUGUGUGGGCACCUGUGGCCACCCUCCACAUCAAUCCAGACAUCUGGGGACCCAACGCGGCCCUCUUCUGCCCAGAGCGCUUCUCAAAUGGCGUCUCUGCCUCCUGCCGCCAUCCCCAUGUGUACAUGCCCUUCGGGGUGGGGCCUCGCAUCUGCCUUGGACAGAACCUAGCCAUGGCAGAGCUGAAGGUCGUACUCUCCAUUAUCCUAUCCAACUUCGCCUUCUCCCUGUCCCCAAGUUACAAUCACAGCCCUGUGAUGAGGCUCGUCAUAGAGCCGGAGCAUGGAAUCAACCUCCUCGUUAAGAAACUCUGAUAUACUCCAGUAACCAUAUUGCAUGACAUAUUAGUAUUUGCAUUGCUAUUUCCGUCCAGUCCCAACCCCCCACUUUAGGUUGGAGGGCACCUUGCAUGUUGCUUGUAAUUCAUUUAUAUUAUAGUAGUCAUGUAAGCAGUUUAUAUGUGUAAUUCUUCCGAUUCUGUCAAAUAUAUGUGUAUCUUUUGUGAUGCUUUUAUAUCUU